AUGAAAUUCUUCCUCCUCCUUACUAUUGCCGCCUUGCUCUGUGCUCAAACCCUUGCCGCCACUAAUGGUUUCUCUGCCAACUUGAUCAACUCCCCAGCCUUGUCCCUUGUUAAUGGCGCUCAAUCAUUGAGCACUGUUGGUGGAUGGUCCACUGGAGGCAAUGGAUUCAACUUGGGUAACUUUGGUGCCAAUGGUGGUUACACCAUCCCAGUCGCUGGAAUUUACCACUUUGAUGCCAAUGUCCUGAUCAAUGUUGCCUCUGCCACUGCUCCCAACCAAAACGUUGACAUUCGUAUCAUCAACUGUGCCGCCGGAUCUGGAUGCAAUGCCUACUGUGCUGGAGGUUCCGUCCUUGGCCGUACUCUCACUCAAGGUGGUUCAACCUGGUUGCCAAGUGGAUUCAGCUAUGCAUUCCCACCAAACUACAACCUCAAGGCUUCAUACACUGGUUUCUUCAACGUUGGUGACACCAUUGCUGUGUGCAUUGACAACUGGGCUGCCUCUGGACAGGUCAAGUUGAACUGUGCCUCAUCCUCCCUCUGCACCUUUGCCGGUUUCCAGAUCAACUAA